GACCGGCGCACACAAAAGAAGCAGUUCGCCUUCGAUCUCCGCCGAUGAUGUCCACAUAGACAUUACGGAGAUACACCAGCGCGGAUAUCGCUUGCGAUGACAAACUCGCACACACAGUUCACGAUACGCAGUGAAGUUGACGGCACAAGCUUUGAAAAUCCCUCCGUUUGUUUCGCGCAUGCGUUGUUCUAGCGUUGUGAUUGGUCGUAAUUAGGAACGUUCUGAAGGAAGGCAAAAACAUGAGUGGAAACGACAGUAGUUGCAGUCGAACCACGUGCAACAGCAAGGCGAGCAUGAUUGUUGUGUCGAACAGGCUACCGUUCAUCCUCAAGAGAAAUGAGAAGACCGGCGAGUUAGAGAGGAAAGCCAGCGCUGGAGGCCUGGUGACAGCUGUUGCGCCAGUGGUCAUCCGUGGCAGCGGUAUCUGGGUGGGCUGGCCGGGUAUCCACCUCGAGGAUCCCAACGAGAGGAUACCCGAGUCCAACCCCAACGACAAGACGCCCACAGCCGGACUCCUCUCUAAGAAGAUAGUUCCAAUUCACGCGGAGCCUAAGCUCUUUGACAGUUAUUACAAUGGGUGCUGUAACGGAACCUUCUGGCCGUUGUUCCACUCCAUGCCGGACCGCGCCACCUUCAUCGCAGACCAUUGGAAAGCAUACAUGAAGAUCAACGAGGAAUUCGCAGAGAAAACGGUCCAUGCUCUGCAUUUACUCAAAAACACCAAAGAGAAGAAUGGCUCUCCGCCGAUCGUCUGGGUUCAUGACUACCACCUCAUGUUGGCAGCUAACUGGAUCAGACAGAGGGCGGAGGAAGACGAGAUCAAAUGCAAGCUUGCAUUCUUCUUGCACAUACCAUUCCCUCCCUGGGAUAUUUUCAGACUUUUCCCAUGGUCAGAUGAAGUAUUGCAGGGUAUAUUAGGUUGUGACAUGGUUGGAUUCCACAUUACGGACUACUGCUUGAAUUUUAUUGACUGCUGCCAAAGAAAUCUAGGAUGCCGUGUGGAUAGAAAGAAUCUUCUAGUCGAGUUAGGUGGGCGCACAAUUUGCGUGCGGCCAUUGCCAAUCGGAGUGCCGUUCGACAGAUUCGUGCAGUUGGCACAGAAUGCUAAACCAGUGCUCUCUACAAACCAAAAAGUGAUAUUAGGCGUCGACAGACUGGACUAUACCAAAGGACUUGUGCAUAGACUGAAAGCUUUCGAACGAUUGUUGGAGAAACAUCCGGAGCACAUAGAGAAGGUGGUGCUGUUACAGAUCUCAGUGCCGUCACGGACGGACGUUAAGGAGUAUCAGGACCUGAAGGAAGAGAUGGAUCAACUUGUAGGAAGGAUAAACGGGAGGUUCACCACGCCUAACUGGUCGCCUAUAAGGUAUAUCUACGGAUGUGUAGGGCAGGACGAGCUAGCGGCAUUCUACCGCGAUGCAGCAGUGGCAUUAGUGACACCACUGAGAGACGGCAUGAACCUUGUUGCCAAAGAAUUCGUGGCGUGCCAGAUCAACAAGCCGCCUGGCGUGCUUAUCGUAUCUCCGUUCGCCGGUGCGGGAGAGAUGAUGCACGAGGCUCUUAUAUGCAAUCCUUACGAGCUUGAUGAUGCAGCUGAGGUUAUUCACAGGGCUUUAAUAAUGCCAGAGGACGAACGCACGGUGCGUAUGAACCAUCUGCGCAGACGCGAGCAGAUGAACGACGUGGAUAGCUGGAUGAAGUCGUUCCUCAAGGCAAUGGACUCGCUCGAGGAGGAGGCGGACGACAUCGGAGCUACCUCCAUGCAGCCAGUUACGAUCGACGACUUCGACGAAUAUCUCUCCAAGUACAUAGGCUACACGCAGAAGCUGGCGUUGCUCCUGGACUAUGACGGCACCCUGGCCCCCAUCGCGCCCCACCCAGACCUGGCCACACUCCCUCUCGAGACCAAGCACACGCUGCAGAGGCUCUCCAACAUGUCCGACGUAUACAUCGCCAUCAUAUCGGGACGUAACGUCGACAAUGUCAAGAAAAUGGUCGGUAUGGAGGGCAUCACGUACGCUGGUAACCACGGCCUGGAGAUCCUGCACCCCGAUGGGAGCAAGUUCGUCCACCCCAUGCCCAUGGAACUGCAAGACAAGGUGGUGGAACUGCUGAAAGCCCUGCAGGAACAGGUGUGCCGCGACGGCGCGUGGGUGGAGAACAAGGGCGCGCUGCUGACGUUCCACUACCGCGAGACGCCCGCGGCGCGGCGGCCGGCGCUGGCGGAGCAGGCGCGCAAGCUCAUCACGGCCGCCGGCUUCACGCCUGCGCCCGCGCACUGUGCGCUCGAGGCGCGCCCGCCCGUGCAGUGGGACAAAGGUCGAGCUUCUAUUUAUAUUUUGAGAACGGCUUUCGGGCUGGAUUGGAGCGAAAGGAUCAGAAUUAUUUACGCCGGUGAUGACGUCACGGAUGAGGACGCCAUGCUGGCCCUAAAAGGUAUGGCGGCCACGUUCCGUAUCGCGUCAUCAAGCAUCACGAAGACCUCAGCGGAGCGUCGUCUGUCGUCCACGGACUCGGUGCUGGCGCUGCUGAAGUGGGUGGAGCGGCACUUCUCCCGCCGCAAGCCGCGCGCCAACUCCCUCACGUACAAGAACGCGCGGAAGGCGCGCGACACGAUACAAACGCACAUGUCGUACCAACUGCCCGCGCGGACCUCGCCCAAGCCCUCGCCGCCCUGCACUCCCGACAAGUCCUCCAGCGGCUCCGAGUCCAGUUAAAACCAAUGUAUAUGCUGAUAACCUGGUAAUCCUGCUGCUAAACAUAUCCGGGUUACUGCUUGGUGUCUUCUACCCUUGGCGACGGUACGGCGUAUAUAUCUAUAAUCGUAAGCCCAAUCCAGUAAUCUAUCGACGUAACUCGUGUCAUUCCAAUUUGAAUGGUUGUACGAUUCUGUCACAAAUCUGAACUGAAAACUUUUCGAUGAAUUUACUUAUGAAAAUAUUGUAACCGUGUUGUAUUGACGUAGUCAGUAUUUAGACUGAAGUAGUUCCUAAAUGUUCAUCGUCGUUCUUUUCAUUCCUAAUCGAACAACAUUUCCAAUCGAUUGUUACAAUCUUUUCGGAAUUAUUCGAGAUUUUAAUGCACAAAAUUCGCUAAAUGUGUAAUGCAAUACGUAUCUCGGUGAUAUUAUUUUAUGCAUUGUGCUUACGUUCCGCGUAAAUGUUGCAUGCUUAUAUUUUAAUGUUAUUUAUGUGAUAGAAAUAUUCUGUAAUUAAGAUGAUUAAGUGUAAACAAUUUUCUUGCACUUGCGAUAAAUAUGUGUAAUCUAUGUUUGCACAAUUUAGUAAAUUAUGUGGUUAAACCAAAAGCAUUUCAUUUAGAAAAUUAUGAAUAGUAAAUUAAGUUUUGAUUAUCGAUAUAAAAACUAAUCGAUGAAAACACGUCUAAAGUCAUGUUCAUUGACAUGUAAUCGAAAUCGAAUAAUUAUAACUUUAUCGAUGUUUUAGCGAGUCGUCAUCGGAUUACACAAUUUUUUGAUGUUUAAUGUGCAUUUUUGAUGUUAUUCGUGCUAAUUUAUAAAUGGCUAUGUAUGUAAACAAAUGUGAUUUACUUAUAAGAAUGUAUCUAUAUCUAUUUGGUGUACCUGCAGGCUAACGUAGUGUAUCCACGCGCACUGAAAUCUCUCGAAUUUCAACUUACCGUGUAUUUUUAGAUGUUUUUAUUUUUGUUUUAAGGAAAAUUUAAAUAAAAUGAAAAGUACAACAGACAGAAAA